AUUCAAUUCAAAACAUCAACAAAAACAUAUGAACAUCAACAUGUCAGUGCAAUAGUUUUGGCAGAAAUCCUUGCAAUAUAAUUUAUAAUAAUACUUUAAUUCCAUUACAAAUCCCAAAAUCCUAUAAUGCUGCAUGAUGAUCAUAGCAUUGCAGAUGCUGAUUAUUUUCCGUGAAACCAUUUUGGCCCUUUUGGAUGGAUGGCUACCACCGUUUUUCACUCAACUGGUUAGGAAGUUGAGUGAUAACGGCCUGGUGCAUGUGAAGGAAGAAAUCGAAGAGCAGGUUUAUGCAGACCGCGAUGACGAAUGCGGGGUGGUAUUCUUCCCGCCGGUGUACGCUCAACGGUAUGCAGCAGUCUGCGAUUGCCUUAUGGACGAACAAUGGUUUGGCAGGUUAGAGAAGGUCUUAAACAUAGGGAAGCACUAUGACAUAAAUUUCUUGAGAUACCUAACUGAAGUGACAGGAGUAACACAAAUACUUGGUCUAGAUAUCGCACACUCUCUGAACUGUACCUGUGAUAUGCGUGAUUUAUCAGUAAAUUAUUUAGAAAGAUGGGGAAAACCAUUGCAAAUAACUCUACUUCAAGGUAAUGCAGCCGACCCAGACUACAGGCUUAUCGGCUGUGAUGCAGUCAUUGCUAUUGAGAUGAUACAAAAACUGUUGCCCCAUGAUCUAGACAGACUCGUUCACAAUGUGUUUGGUUUUAUCAAGCCUUGGGUUGCCCUAUUUACUACGCCUAAUGCAGAUUUUAAUUGUCUCAUGAAGAAUUUGGACAAGAAUGGACUGAGGCAGUCAGAUCAUUACUUUGAAUGGACCAGAGAACAGUUGCAUGAUUGGUGCAGUAACAUUGUAAUGAGAUACCCAGAAUACAUGGUCAUGUCAAGAGGCAUUGGGCCCGGACCUGUGGGCACCUCUCACUAUGGCUGUUUUAGUCAGCUUGUGCUCUUCAUAUCAAAACAUUACUAUAAGAAAAUGGAACUCAAUGUUAACAGCUUGGUGAUGGUUUCACAUCUCCCAGAGCCUGAACAAGUAAGCGAGAUUGGCUGGAUAUCACCCAAGAAUGCGAAUAGCUCGCACAGCUCGUUCGAUAGACUACUCGAACCUGAAUCUUCAGAGUUUAGCCAAUACUCAUCUGAGGACACUCAGUUUUCAAGUCUCAAAUUGACGAUUCAGGCUAUAGACAGGAGUGUUCAAUGCAACCUUGAAGUAGAAUUUGGCAAGAAAUUUGUCAUGUUCGACGAUGACGUUAUGUACGAGAUCAGGAUGCCUCGUAAGAGAUCCGACGGAGAUGUUUAUGAAAUUGGAGAUGUUGCAAGCAGGUUAAAUAACACAAUGCAUUAUGUAAAGCAGUUCUCGAAAAUAACACAGUAUUUAAUGGAAAAAAACGAAUACAACAAAAUGGAUUGGUUGGAUGAAAUCCUACAGCUGACUGAUCAGUUGUCAUGCAAAAUAAACCAUCGCUCUGGCGAUGAGCGUCAUGUGUGGAACAACGUGAACUGGGGCGAAAAUGUUCCAUAUUGGAACCAGUAUUAUAAGGUUGUGGGAGUGUACAACUUUCCGUAUGAGGGGAGAUCCGAAGAAGAUGUGAUUCUCGAGGUGUUAUCAGCGGAGAUCAACAAGUUUUUUGAUAAGCACGUUCGGGGCAGCAAACUAGAGAUACCUGUGGGGGCGUUGAUGGACGCUGUCAAACAUAUCACGGAUGACGUUGAAAAAGUUAUUAUGCUCAUGGAGGACAGCGGGUACGAGUUGGAAGGAGAAUCCGUCGUGUACACUGGCGUCGACGUCUCGGAGGCCAACUACGGCGAGGAGUUCGACUCCAACUUCGACUCCGAUUCCGUAUCCAAUGAAAGCUCUAGUGGACUCGAUUUAAAUGGCCGCUUGCUCAAUCGGACCAUUGCCCGGAAAAUCAAGAUGCUUCGUCUGAUGUUGCCCCAAGAAGAGGACGUUAAGCAGGCGUUAGGCCAAGUCGUGUGUAGGCUGAAGAGGAUCGCGAUGAGUUCGGGGCCACACGCGCGGGGCCCGGCUCGAUCCAAAUGGCUUCAAUCGAAACUUCUCGAACUGAUGACGUUGACGGAGAAAUCGGUUUUGAGAAGGAGUUUGCGGAAAAACGAGAUCGUUCGAUUUAAAGGUUUCAGCUAUGACACGGGGGAUGAAAUAAGCAGCCAAUUAUCUAGAAUUAAGGCAGAAGAUGAUACAGUGAUAAGAUUUCUUGAAAAGUAUGAGGCUAUAUUGCGAAUGUCAGCAGGUAACUCACACGAAAUAAAUUAUGAACACGGCAGUGACAAGUCUUUUCCUUCCAAGGUUACCGAUGAUUCCAAAAAUAGUAGCAGUGUUGACUUAUCGAAGUUAUGUGAUGUUAACGAAGUUUGCAAAUUUCCUGCGUCUGAGACUAAUGAUCUAAGUUUGUCACCUAACGAAGAAUUGACACAGUACACGUUAGACGAUCAACACAUUGAUAGUCUACAAGACUGGGGAGAAAAGGAUAUGAGUCUGUAUCAAGAAGACACGAACGAAAUAAAAAAUAAAAAAUACGGCGAUGCUAUUUCGAAAAAACAAUCUAAGCACAAGAAGUCGCGCAGAGAUGAUAAAGGGAAAACAAAAACCACGAAAAGGAAAGUAACUAACAGCUCGAACAGCAGUAUUUGUAAAAAAAAAUCGAAACAUAUAGCAGUGAAACGAAGUCCGGUACAUACAUCUAGCAACAAAGUUGUGGACAGGAAAAAUGAUUGUGCUAAACAUAAACAAGGAAAAGUUAUGAACAAAUUGACAUACAAUAAUACAUUAGUUUGUAUUGAUACGAUGAGGAGGAAAAUGGGGCCUACAUUGGUUCUUUCGGUACCGCCCAAACCUAUUCCAGGCAGCAUACUUGAAUUAUGUCACCCACAUUUGCAUCAUAAAACAGCCGAGCCUUUUCAAAAAAACAUUGACUGCUGGAAUGAUACCGUCGGUACACCUGAGGCUCCUGAGGCCCCUGUGGCCCCCGUGGCCCCCGUGGCGGCCACUGAGCACAGCCAUAGGGUAGAAAUUUUGAGCCAAAGCGAAACGGUAAUGGUGGCUUUGCAAAGAAUGAUUGGUACUGACCCAGACGUGGAUGCGGAAAUAUACGAGCAUGAAUUAGAGCUGUCAGAUUUGAACAGCUUGUUGAAUGAUACCACAUACUUUGCUCAUACCGAGAAGAAUCCGUCUCCAGUUGGGGUGUAUGAUCCACUUGGAAUAGGCGCAUUCACUCAAGAAUCUAACAAUGCACAGCAAGAAAUGGACCCUUUUCCUUGCAUAUUGAAGACUCCGUUUGUAGAAAUUGUAACGCAAGACGGCCAGGAAUUGAUUGCUUUGCAACGUACCAUUGGUACCGACCCAGAAGUUGAUACCGACGAGUACGAGCAAGAAUUAGGGGAAUCGAAAUUAACAACUUCUCUUAAUAAUAUGGCAUCGUUCGAGAAGUUUCCUGUCGGGGUAGUGAACGCGACAUCACAGGAAUUCUUUUUGUAUGAUUUAAACGAACCUACGACGUCGAAAGGGAUUCGUCAUGUAAGCAUGGACGUGCAAUGCGGCACAGAGCGUCAGAUAUCUGCGACGACUUCAUUUUCGUGUCCCUUAAAGAUGUUUGGGCCUGCUUUAGACUUUGAAGGUUCAAAUCAUGACGUUCGGGCAGUCCUUAAAAACGACUGCGUUACCUCGACCCACGACAUUUUAAAACCUUGUGAGCCAAUGGCGUCUCCUUGGAUGAAAUCUGUGGGAAUUAAAAUAAAAGACUCAAAUCAUCAAAUUAACGAUACAUCCAAAGAAACAGAAACUUUUUCUGGCUCUUUCACAAUAGCCAAAAAUUCUGCGCUAAUUGAUACUCUGCGCAACCUACCCGUGGAAGAUACUCUUGACUGUACCAAGAAAAAGAUGCCUAAUAAUAGCCCUAGCCUAUAUGGCCGGCUGAAAUGGAAUGAAAUAAAAAAGAAAGAUUCUAAUCACGUAGUGUCGCGAAUUUUGCAUGUACCGAAGGGGGUACGGUCCAAAUUGAGCUGUGGGGGUGUUCACAUCCAUAGUUACAACGAUUUGCAGGUAUCUGAAGACGUAGUUUACCAAGGCGAGUGGCAACGACACAGGCGAUAUCGCAAUCCUAGAAAAUCUAACCAACCUUCAUCGGAAAAACUAAAGUUUACCCGUAAACCGAGUGUCCCGCCAAUACUCCAAAAGCCGAUCGUUCAAAAAACCGUCGUUACGCCUAUAAUAAUUCGAAAUACUAAAGCGAACAAAAUGAAACAAGCUGUGACUAAGAUGCACAUACAAGCUAAAUUAGCUCCUACAACGCAGCAAGUACCCAGAAACAGGACCGUAAUUCGGCAGGUGACAAAGGUUACAUCCAAAUCGACUGUAAGUUAUUCAAAAUCAAUAAAGGCAAAAUCAAGUAAGAUAAUCCAUCCUCCGCGGCAUACUAGACUUGCAUCAAAGACUACUAUAAUAAAAGAAAAUACUAUUCCGAUCACACAGAAGAGAAAAGUCUACAUUCCUCCCUAUUUGGAGAAAAUGAAAAAAAAGCAGCAGAUAUCAAAAAAAUCCAGCAAGAUUGAGGCUAAAUCAGAUAGUUUGUCAAAUCUGUUAAAUGUAAACAACGAACAGAUAACGUCGAUACCAGCGCAAUCGAAAGUUGAAGAUCUGGUAUCGGCGUUGUUAAAAGUCUCUAUUAAACCUCCAAAGGAUGUAAAUUACGUCGUGUAUAGGAAUGAAAUGGAGACCUCUCAUUGCAGUGCUGCAAUAGAAAAUAUACCCGUUACGGCCAGACCGAGAAGUAAGGAAGAUGUUUUAAGGCGCAAACUUAGUAAUCUCAGCAACAACGAUUCUGCCUACUCGUCAACCAACAGCGCUACCAUAGCGUUAAACCCAGUAAUUACUAAUCUCCAUCCUUUUCAAUCUAAUAAGAAAACUACGGCGAUAAAAUCAACAAUAAAAUCUAACAUAAAACGCGAAGGGACAGAUAGCAAAAUGGUUUCCAGAAUUAAGAAGCUAGCCAGUUUAAUGUUUUCUAAAAAGUCACACACAAAUGUUGCAGAGCACUUGUCUAAAAUUUCUACCAUAUCACCAAACUGUUCGAAAUUGUCUCUGAAAGGUGAUUUAUUGUUAGACGAGGCAGCUAAUAAUGCUGCAUCGAGUGAAGAGUCAAAGUCCAGUGUCACAAAACCGUUUCUUGAAAGUUAUGAUAGAAAAAGUAGACCAUGUCCGAAUGACAAACCCGAAGGAUAUUGUAACAAACAGGACUUAAAAACUACUUUAGUACUUGAUUGUAGUGAAUCAAAUACACGAGAUUUGAAAACUGAAUCAUGUUUCGACUGUAGUGAAGCAAAAAGUGAUACACAAGAAUCAUUAAACACCACAAUUUUAGUCACAACUUCAAAUAAAAGCUCUCCCAGAAUUUUUGUCAGUGAUGUGCUGUCGAAAGCGAGGGACAAUAUGAGAGAAACCAUAACCGAUAGCUCUAAUGAUAUUUUAGAUGAAAUGAGGCAAUUGUUAGAAGAAUGCUUGAACUUUAAAGAUACGUCGCAAGUAGCUUUAAAGAGAGAUUCUGAGGAUGCACAACUAAAAUCUUCUGAUUUUGAUAACGUUACUCCUAUUGGAUCUGAUGCGUAUGAGACUAGCAGUAGUUUUCACAAAACGUAUGCUGUUCGGUCAUUAGCAAGCCUGACGCAGAGUUUCACAGAUUUCUCUUACAAGUCGCAGCCGUCAGCUUCGAAAAUUUCUGAGGGCCUUACGGACGAAAGUUGGUACAACAUCGCUACUUCCAGGCCAGGAAGCGAAGUUCAAUCUGAAAAUAAGGAUACUAUUAGCGUAACUCAGAAACCGAAGUCUGGUCUCGCGUUUAGCUCUUUCUCUGUGAACGCUCAGCCGAGUCCUUUGGCGUUCAGGCAACAGCCGGACUACGUGAACCUCGUCGACUCCGAGACUGGGAGUUGUGCGCAGGGGGCUCGACGAGCUACCUCUGAAGAAGUGUUGGUGUCCAGCCGUUCGUCCGAUAGCUAUGUCUCCUGCUCGGUGGAGGAAGACGCUACGAUCCCGAGCUGGUUAUAUAACAUCAGUCAGCAGCCAUCUGGCAGUUUCUCGUCGAGCCGGCACGCCGUCCUUCCCGAAGUCGUUCCCGAACUGGACUUUGACGUGAACGGCAACGAGCUGACGGUUCACGGCGCGGGCGCGGGGGACGGCUGCGGGAUCCACAGCGACCAGUCGCAGGACAGCUCGGGUCAGGGGACCUCGUUCAGCUCUACUGGCAGCUCGACGGUUCAUAGCGAGUCCAUCGUGGUAGACCCAGCAUCGUUCCUGGCAGACUAUUCACCACCGGGUGAACGAUCACAUUCCUCGGCAGUAGCUCCACCAGAGGAAUUGAUUGAAACUUUAGACAUUGCAGCGCCCGAAAACCAAAACCGGCCUCUAAACAGAAAUCGUGUCCCACGGAGCAUACACAGGGUGAGCUUGCCGGCCAGCGACGCCGACAUCAGCUCGAUUGACACGGACGUCGCCUCCGAUUAGAACGACAUGAACGUUUAUUUUUCAAGCAACGGUUUAUUUGCACCUUGCAAUUCUGCAACACGUAUUUAAUCUUAGAAAUACAGCGAUUCACCAAAGCGGGUGAAUAAAAUAAGAUACGAAUGACAUCCAAUAUUUUUGCUAUAAUACGUUUAACCCUUUGAACGCUUUAUGUCGUGAACACAAACAUCAUUCAAACGCCAAAAUCCCGGGCGCAAGGGAGCUAAUGUAAACCUUACUCGAAAGUGUGAAGGAUACUUUGACAGCGUCCGCCAUAACACCUAUAGUUGUUCUUGGCGCAGUGGCCACGACUAGUUACGACGCCUUGGCGUUCAAAAGGUUAAGUACAUUAAUGUCUUGCCGCAAACUUGGCGGGGGACAUCGUUCAUUUGGCUAAUUUAUUAUUUAUUAAUAUAUCUUUCUACUUUGAUGUACACAGUAACCACACAAAUACUUAUAUUCUUUAUUCUGUUAAUUUACUCCCGUUUGGUAAAUCGACGUGUACUGUUGUAUGUCUGUUCGACAACUAUAUCUAUGGCAUAAUUUUUAAGGGCCACUUGCACCAUCCCACUAACUAACUUAACCGGUUAAACCUGGAGUUACCAUGGUUACAUGUACAUAUUGACACUGGGUUAACGGGUUAACCGCUUAAUCCUGGAGCUUCCAUGGUUACUUGUACAAUUUGACAAUGAGUUAACGGUUUAAUCGGUUAACCCCGGGUUAGUGAUGCUGCAAGUGGCGCUAAACGUUUAAUGAUUUGAGUUUAGCAUAGACCCGUCUUAAAUUUAAACCGUAGCUUGAUAUUGCAACCAGAUUGUGAUGUUGUUUGAAGUUCAUUAUGUUUGAAGUUCCAAAUAAAUUUAAGUACAUAUAUA